AUGGCAUCUCCCAGAUUGGAGACCUUCUGUUGCCCAAACCGGGAUGCAGCUACACAGCUGGUACUGGCUUUCCAGCCCCAGGUAUUUAAUGGGGUGUGCCUUGGGAGUGCCUCCUUCAAUUUACUGCUCAGCAUCUUACAGCUCCUUCCCAAGAAGAGCCAGGGACCCAAGAAGCUCCCUCACACUUCCUCUGCCACCAUCCUGCUCUUCAUCUCUGCUUGUGAUCUCCUGGGCUGCCUAGGUAUCAUAUUCAGGUCUACAGUAUGGUUAGGAUUUCCAGAUUUCAUUGGAAAUAUCUCAGUGGUGAAUGGAACAGAUGUGUGGCCUGCUGUUUUCUGUGUAGGAAGUGCGGUGUGGAUCCAGCUGUUAUAUAGUGCUUGUUUCUGGUGGCUAUUUUGCUAUGCUGUAGAUGCUUAUUUGGUGAUAAGAAGAUCUACAGGAUUAAGUACUAUUCUGCUCUACCACAUAAUGGCAUGGGGCCUGGCAAUCCUUCUUUGCAUAGAGGGUAUUACUAUGCUUUACUACCCUUCUGUCUUCAGUUGUGAAAGUGGCCUGGAGCAUGCAGUCCCCCAUUAUGUGACUACGUAUGUGCCACUCCUGCUAGUUUUGUUGACCAAUCCCAUCCUGUUCCAAAAGACAGUUGUGGCAGUGGCAUCUUUACUCAAAGGAAGACAAGGCAUUUAUACAGAGAAUGAAAGGCGGUUGGGAGCAGUGAUUCAAAUUCGUUUUUUCAAAAUUAUGCUAGUGUUCAUUAUUUGUUGGUUGCCGAAUAUCAUCAAUGAAAGUCUUUUGUUCUACCUUGAAACACAGCCAGAUAUCAAUGGAAGCUCUUUGAAAAAUAUUAGAAAUGCAACCCUGAUCACAUGGUUUACUAUGGGAAUACUGAACCCACUGCAAGGCUUUCUCUUUACCUUGGCUUUCUAUGGCUGGACAGGAUGCGAAUUGGAUUUUAAAUGUCAAAAGAAAGAGAUACAAUGGGAAUCUUUGUCGACUUCAGUUGUUGAACAUGCUUACAUCUCACAAGUUGGGUCCUCCCUCAACUAUGAAAAUUAUUCUCCCAAGAAGACAGUGGUGCUGAAUGGACAUAAUUCUGAUGAAGCACUAGGCAUGCUGUCAGAAGGUUCUGAUGCCAGCACAAUUGAAAUCCACAUGCCAAGUGGAUCCCAAAACUUAAGUGAUGCUGUUGUUCCAGAAGGGAUCAGGGGAAAGUCUUGAAGGGCAACCACGAAGGGCUGAGAGGCUCCCAUUUGGAAUUCAUAAGGCCAUUGCCAAGGUUUCCUGCUUUUUGGAGCAAUGUCUCUGAUGAGGCUUUGCUGCUUCUCUGUAACUAUUACCUUUCUCCCUUCCCUCCCUGUUUUCCUGCUUGCAAAGUUUCUAUCUUUCCCCUCAUAAAAAAACAAAACAAAACACUUUUAGGGUAGAUGAAUGAUUUGUGCCUGGAAAUAGAAGAGUGAACUUGAGCAUUCCUGUGUAAAUGAGCUGUGCAACAGCUUAUCUCAGCAGUGUCCCUCCCAGGCAGUUUUCUCAAGCUGGAUGGAAGCCAAAGGCUUGCUCCAAAUCUUUUCCUGGAAAAAUAAAGUGGUUUUAACUCAUUCUGCAAGAUUUCCAGUUUCUUCAAGGACAACCUUAUAAGCAUGCUUGUCUUCAGAUUGACCCUGGUCAUGAAUGAGAUUACAGUGGUGACAAAUAGCAGCAUUGGUGGUAGCAACACA